AUGUUACACAGCGCAUUACCCCGUUCAUUCCUGGCCCCACCGGGACUGUGUUACCUCGGGGGUUACUACGGCGAGACAGUCCACCCUUACAGUCCAGUGUCGCGAUUCGCUUCCCUGGAGAACAGCUACCUGUCAGAGCACCUGGCAGUGGAGAAUCCCAUUGCAAGACCGAGUUUACCAGCAAGUCCCAGUCCUCUGGACUUGUCACUUAAACCUCCAGCGCCCCAAACUCCAGCGACUCAAACUGACGACAGUGAGACCAUUGAAGUCGACGAUGUUGAGGACCGUCCUUAUCCUUCUUCAGAGGACAGCUACGAGCAGUUGCGCGAAAAGCGGUUCCACGACUGGGAACGGUUCGCAGUUGAUGAUCCACAACAACAACAACAACAACAACAACGGGCUUAUCAUUUUUAUGAUGAAUUGCGAGCUCGACCUAGGAGCCAGGACCCGGUGUGCAGUGAAAUUUACCAGAGUCCUAGCUCGAGUCCCAGUCCGAGCCAGAAAUUGCUUCUGACCUCCCCAAACACCUUGAGGUCCAUGCAAACUUACCAGCAGCAGCUACUUCUGACUCCGCAGCAUCAUCUUCAUGCUCCAAUGACUCCUCCGAGCACUCCCUCACCACCCCAGUGUCCCAGGAGGCGGCCCAGGGAAGAAGAAGACCCUUCUGGGUCGGUUACUACUCCCAAAUCAUCAACAUCAACGUCUUCAACUUCGGAGAAAAUUUCAAGGCCUAAGAAGAAACACGCUAGAAGAUUGAAGUUUGACGAAGACACCAGCAGUCCAGUUUCUGGGACAGUUAUCCUUGGACCUGAUGAGGCAGUUGUUACUGGAGAUAUUGAUCCUGCGUUCAAUGUUGUUGAAGUUACUGAAGAAGCCAGGGCAGAAUUGGCGAAGAUCGAGAACAGGCUGGGGCCGUAUCAAUGCAAAUUGUGCCGACACUUGCAUGAAGACGCAUUCCAGCUGGCUCAGCACAGGUGCUCCAGAAUCGCCCAUGUUGAGUAUAGGUGUCCCGAGUGCGACAAAAGAUUCUCCUGUCCUGCUAAUCUCGCGUCACAUCGCCGCUGGCACAAACCUCGCGCACCUGUUGGUGACCAUGGGUCUGCUGUUUCUGCGGCUGGAAAUUCCGCGGUCCAGGAAAUCGGCUGCAACAAUUACUGUGUUUUAAAAUUGGAGAAAGAGUCAAUAUAA